AUGUCCGACGAAUCAAUAACCCCUGCGAUGCGUUCCCACGGGUGGAAUCUUCAUCUUCUAGCAAAAUCAAGGGCAAAACCCUUUGCCGGAUUAUAUCAACACCCCGACAACCCAUUCCUGAAAUUCCGCGACCUUGUCGAUGAGCUGCGUUUGUGUUUUCACGAUGAUGAGAACUGGCAGGAUCUCGCUUUCGGACUAGACAAAGGCUAUCACUCGCAUGACUUCCCUCUUUUUGUAACAGAAGGGGACCUGGAUAUUGUGAUUCCAUGCUUGCCUCAACCUGACCCUCAGCAACGGGCUGUUGUGAAGUACCAUGUCGUGUGUCAUACUGGGUGCCAAUUUGCUGAGAAUUCCCCGUUGGAAGAUCACAUCAAGGCUUCCUGCGCAAGCCAUAUUCGUCUCCCAACCCGCCGUCGCGAACCCCGAUACCUCGCUGUCGAUGCAGCCUCGUCAAACAACCGAAUCACCCGAAUACCCCGUCACACCAAGUCUCGCAGACGCAAACGAUCAGAGUCAGCAUUGUCCGAUGAAGAGUUCGAAGGUGCAAGCGAGAUACUAGUGCCAGUGCCUGACCUUCUCGACCCAACAAAAGCCCGAGAGAUCGUGGAUUCAUUUCGUGAGGGUGUUAUGCUCUCUGCAAGACGCUGCGCUAUUACAGGGGAGGGUCGACAUUGGUGCUUCAACCAAGGUGUUGGUCCGGGGGUGCAAACGUGCCAUAUUGUUCCGCCACAGCACUUCCAUGUGUAUCCAACCGGUGUCGACACCGAAGACACGAAACGACAUCUGGUGCAGGCAUGGUGUGACACCUGGAGUCAGGAUAAUGGACUCCUUCUGAGGAGGGACAUCCGUGAGCUCUUCGACGAAAGAUUGAUCUCCAUUCACCCCGAUACGCAUCGUAUUCGGGAUUUUGUUCCUUACGAUGUGAUACUGCAUUAUCACGGACUCAUUGCAAGGAUCCCUGGGAUUGUGGAUCGCGAUGCUCUUGCGCAUCAUUACGAAAUGACUUGCAUCGAAAGCAUCGCCGCUGAGAUGCCGACACCCGAAUCAAUAACGGCUGAGUUCAACCGAUAUUUUGGAAUCGGGGACAGCAGUGCUUCGACAGCCAGUCCUGAUUCUUCUGCCUCGAUGGAGAGUUACAUUACGCCUGAGAACAGUCGGCAGUUUCUGGCUGAUGUGAACUCCAAGCUUGAGAACCUUCAACGUUAG